AUUUUCACGAUAAACAUAACUUGCUAUUUUCUUUGCUGAUAAUCUGAAUAAGUGAACUUAAUCAUGUAACUUAGUAGGAGGCACGAACAACGAAUCAAUGAUUUCAGGUAGCUGAUUGGGAUACACCUACCCAUCAAAGGCAACAGCUGACCGACCACAGUUCGGUACUUCAGUGUAGAGACUGGAGAGAAAUGCAGGCGGCUCAAAGCUUGGACAUGACGAAGUGAGAGGUCAACCGAACAGCCCACCGACACAGCAUGACUUGGAGACAACGCACGGGUGCACGACGGCACGAUCUCUGAUGUGCUCUCCACCAUUUCGUGAAGACCAUUCCGCGAGUUUUUCUCCUCAUGGACGCCACAACUAGGGAUCUCCGGCAAGCUGCAAGCCCACUUUUCCCGGUGCCAUGAGUCUAGAAGAAGCUACGUCAUUCCAGAAAGAUGCUGAAGCCCGAGUAGCCGGCGAUGGAGAGGAGGGGCAUGCGACGACGGCGAGAGACCCCGCCGGCCGGCCAUUCCGUUCCGGUUCAUCGGCCACCGACCUCUCGACCAACGCGUCGUCGAUCAACUACCGGAAGGCGCGGCGGGACAGGAUCGGCGGCGACGGCUUCUGGUGCGGCGUCCUGUGCAUGCAUCUGCCGGGCCUGUCCAGGAGGCGGUCGAUGCAGCAGCAGCAGUCCAUGAGCCUCAGCGAACCGGACACCACCCGGGCGAGCACGGCCGGGCCCGGCGGGGCCCGGGCUAGCACAGCGUCCAUGGAGAAGUUCAAGUACAGCUCGUCCUCCUCCGGCAUCGUGUUCGAGCGCGCGGACAAGGAGGACGACGAACAGGAGGAGGAGGAGGAGGAGGUGUCGGCGUACUUCGACCUGCCGCUGGAGCUGCUGAGGAUCAGCAGCGUCGACACGGAGUCGCCGGUCACGGCGGCGUUCGUCUUCGACGGCAACCGCGGCCGGGGCGCCAAGAAGAUCGUCCCUGAGAUGCAGGACCUCGAUUUCAGCUUCCCAACGCCGCCGGAUUUCUCGAAUCCCUCGUCGCCAAGAUCCUGAAACUACGCGAGGGGAGGUGCUCAAUAUCCAUGAUGUGUUGUGCUUGUGCAUUUGGUUCCCGUACACAUUUCAUCUUUUUUCCAUAUUGCUCUGCAUGCAUCUGAGAUGCACAUAGGCUAACAAGGUUGCAAUUGUGAUGGUGAUGCACAUAGACCAUAAUAUGUGAUGGUGAUUAGCUCAACUGAUGCAGUAAUUCUAUGAUCAAAGUUCAAGCACGAGAAACAUAUAUAAAGAAACCAGUUUCAGUUGGAGUC